AAAAGCCUGGCGGGGUCCCCAGAGGCGGGAGUCAGGCGCCCAGGAUGGGGCGGGAAAGAGGAGGCGCGAGGGACGCGCGGCAAGGACUACAAGUCCCAGCGUGCCCCGCGGCGGGCGAGUACGGGUCCCCGCAGGCGCCGGUGCCUGGGCCGAGGAAGCCCCAGGGGACCGGCAGCUCGGGUUCAGCGGGCGCGGGCGCGGGCGCGCCGCGGGAGCGGGGAGAAUCGGGUCAAGCUUCACGCCGCUGCGCAGACGCCUCUCCCGGGCCGGACGUGACGUCGCCGGAGUUCCGGCCUCGGCCUCCGCCGCCGCCGCCGCUACUCCAGCCACCGCCGCCGCCGCCGCCGCCGCCGUCGGGGCUUGUUAUUUCUAAAAUGGCGCCCCUGGACUUGGACAAGUAUGUGGAGAUAGCGCGGCUGUGCAAGUACCUGCCAGAAAACGACCUGAAGCGGCUAUGUGACUAUGUUUGCGACCUCCUUUUGGAAGAGUCAAAUGUCCAGCCAGUAUCAACACCAGUAACAGUGUGUGGAGACAUUCAUGGACAGUUUUAUGACCUUUGUGAACUAUUCAGAACUGGAGGUCAGGUUCCUGACACAAACUACAUAUUUAUGGGUGAUUUUGUAGACAGAGGUUACUAUAGUUUGGAGACCUUCACUUACCUUCUUGCUCUAAAGGCUAAAUGGCCUGAUCGUAUUACACUUCUUCGAGGAAAUCAUGAGAGUAGACAGAUAACACAGGUGUAUGGAUUUUAUGAUGAGUGCCAAACCAAAUACGGAAAUGCUAAUGCUUGGAGAUAUUGUACCAAAGUCUUUGACAUGCUCACAGUAGCAGCUUUAAUAGAUGAGCAGAUUUUAUGUGUUCAUGGUGGUUUAUCUCCUGAUAUCAAAACACUGGAUCAAAUUCGAACCAUUGAAAGGAACCAGGAAAUCCCCCAUAAAGGAGCAUUUUGCGAUCUGGUAUGGUCAGAUCCUGAAGAUGUGGAUACUUGGGCCAUCAGUCCCCGAGGAGCAGGUUGGCUGUUUGGUGCAAAGGUCACAAAUGAGUUUGUUCAUAUCAACAACUUAAAACUCAUCUGCAGAGCACACCAACUAGUUCACGAAGGCUAUAAAUUCAUGUUUGAUGAAAAGCUGGUGACAGUCUGGUCAGCUCCUAAUUACUGCUAUCGUUGUGGAAAUAUUGCUUCAAUCAUGGUCUUCAAAGAUGUAAAUACAAGAGAACCAAAGUUAUUCCGGGCAGUUCCAGAUUCAGAACGUGUUAUUCCUCCCAGAACGACGACGCCGUAUUUCCUUUGAGGCCUUCGCCCAUCCUGCUGACCCAUUUCUCUGCCCUCUUACCCAAACUUUCGUGUAUUACCCUCUACAAUAUACUUUUUAUUGAGCACUUUGCUGCUGAAAUGCUGCCUCUUGCCUUUUUUUUUUUUAAUUUAAAAUUAUCUAAAUUUAUUGUUUGUUAUGGUGUCUAUAGCAAUGUUUUUCUAUCAAUAUUCUCCCUCAUCCCAUCCCCAUCUUGGACUCAUUUGAGAAGACUUGAGAAAUGUCUUAAUACUCACACUGCUGCAUGUGGCUCUUGCUUAUUAACUGAUCUGGGGGGAAACAGGAUGUGUUUCCUUUUUUUAAAAAGUCAGUCGACAAAACAAACUACACCGAAAUACUGCUCCUUUUGUAUCAUUCAGCCUUUCAUUUUAGUUGGGUAAGUUUUAAGAAAUUUCAGCAGCAAAGUUGUUACUCAGUAGGCACGAUGGACUGCCAAUGCCUCCAGUUAUGUAAACCUGUCCCAGCUGUGCGCUGCAUUGUCCUUUGUUGGAUGAUAUUUUAAAUGGAUAUCAAAUAAAUUGCUCUAAAGGGCUGCCCUCCUUGUUGUGUUUUUAAAUUUUAGUUAAAAACUGCUACAGCUCUGACUUUGUACAUUAAGAUAAUUGUAUUGAUCUUUUUCAGAUUCCUUGUAUUUUUAAUAAAGUAAUCUUAAAUAAAACCCAGAUAGGUUAAAGUGUUAGAAAUUUUAAACAGCUUACAUUGUUAGCUUAAAGUUUCUUUCUUUUCUUUCUUUCUUUCUUUUCCCUAAUCAGAGUUCUUGGCCCUUUGGUUAUUCACUUUAAAACAUCAACUGAAAUUCAGUACUUUUUAUUUAAAAAAAAAAAUCACUAAACUGUGCCUAAAGAACAUAACUGCCAUAUUAAUGUUUUGGUUUAUAUCCUCUAUAGUAAUAGAAAAACAUUUAAUACUUGUAAUGCUAAUGUGUUCAUUUGAUACCAAGUUAGUAGAAUGUGAUCAAUCCAGUUUACAAUCUAUCAUGAUUAUCAUUCAGUAAAAUCUGUGGUCUUUUCAUAGGAACCAUUCUUCUCUUGCUGUAACAUGUGACCUUAACUUUUAGAAAGUGUUCAUUUUUUAACUGCAACUGGAAAGGUUGAAAAGUCAGGACUCUUGUAUUUGUGAACUGUAAUCUGAAGCAGAUAUUUUUAAAGAGUAGAAAGAAACAAAUUGUCCUUUUUUGUAAAGGUCUGUGAUACCAUGUUUCAGCUUUGUGUAAGUAAUUUUAAUAUCCAAAGGGUUGUGAUGAUCAGUUAUUAAUAUGCAUCUGUCCACUUAAUAAGGACAAGUGUUCCAGUACUUCUUAUGACUGUGUUCAUAAGAUAUUGGAAUUUGCCAUUUUGUGAAAUAGUUGGUAUCCCUUUACUACUAUAAUUAAUUUUUGUCAUUCCAGGAAAUUUUUGUGAAGCCAGCCAAUUAAUAAGCACUUUAGCAUCUGUUCAGGUAGUUUUGAAAACCAAUUUUCCCAUUCAGGAUACGAACUUCCAGGUUACCUAAAAAUGCAAUAAAAACCUUUGUAGUCUAAGCUUCUUGGCACAUAAUUUUUCAUCAGGGUUUUCUUUUAUUAAGUGAGCACAAUCCUCUCUUAGUUCCCUGUGCCCCCACCACCCAUACAGUUACUCCUUGUAUUCUUUUAUAAUUGUAUCACUUUAUGAAAGAAGUCUACCGGACAUUUGCUGCACACACUUGUACUGUUGGGUCAGUAGUUCUGUGUCAUUGCACUGAGCCCAGUGUAAUUCAGGAGGAAAGGAUUUUUUUUUUAUGAUACGGAUAUAUAGCUAUGUAUUUACUAAUUGUGGUGAAACACUGGAAAUUUCGAAGCAGCCAAUUUAGUGUGAUCUUUCAACAGCUCUCUGCAGUUUCUUUUUUCUGUUACCAUAAUGUAUUUAAGCGCUUCCUCUCCGUUGCCUUUGAGUUGUACCAAUAAAACCAUAGCCCCGUUCUCUUUUUUCCAUUCGACACUCCUUAGCUCAGACGGAUGUAGUUGAUUUAGUUAUCCCUGUAAUGUGAUUUUUGUUUUGACGUCAUGGUGUGUGCAUUUGUUUUGUCUCUAGUUGGGCAUGUGCCAAUAAUAUUCUGUCCAUUCCUUAACUGCCAUCUGUGUUUGCCUGGAUUUUUCCUCUUCAACUGAAUAAUGGCUUUUUGCAUGAAAAGAAUAGUUUUACUAUUUAGACCUGUAAAGGGAAGAGAGAGUGAAUGUACUGAACUUUGUAAACCUAAAAGGAAUAUUUGGAUCCCUCUAAAAAAAGGGCUAUGUACUAUAGAGUGAAUCGUGUGGUGGGAGAGACUCGAAGUCAUAGGUCUGUAGGCAGGAGCCUCUGUUACUCCCUCUAUCUAGGCUGAAUGUAAAAUCCCUUAUGUUGUAUAAUGAGGAUAAUAACUAUUUUUAUUUGCCUAUGGUAAAUUUUGUUUCUAAUAAAAUGUCUUAGGCUCUAGUGAGAAAUGUCUACUUGUAAUUGCCAAUUACUCCUUAUUUGCCUGAUCUGCUCUUGGCUAGCUUUUUGUAGGUUAAUGCUUUUUCCUGAAAAAUCUCACCAUUCUAAAUGUGUUUGUUUGGGUGUGAUCCUGAAAAGCCUGAAUCAAGAGGACAUCUAAUAUGCAACCUGAAUCAUCAGCUCCUAUUCCGUCUGGAUGUCUACAAGUGUUGGAAGAUUCUGACCUCUUAAAUCCUGUAUUUUGCUUUUGAAAUAAGGUGUGAAAUGUUGUUUAGAACAUUAAGACUUUUGUGGUUUUACUUGUAAGUUCAGCAUCAGGUUUGGGAAAACACAUGUAUUGUGAAAGCAAAUCUGAAUUUUCUGAGCUUGCAUUGUCAGAUAGAGAAUUGCUCUCCAUCAGAUCCCAGGAAAUUGUGUAUCUGGAAUCGAAGAGAUUUAACAGUAAGAAUCCAGACUUUUAAAUGUAAUUGUUUUUUAAAUGCUAAUGUUUGUAAAGCACCUUCAAUUCUUUGAAUGAUAGGUGCUAUAUCCUAUCAGUGUAAAUUAAUAAAAAGAUUAUAGGAAGUUUCUCAGA